AACAGGUGGUUGACCCUACCUUAGCAGAAAUGGGAAAGAAUCUCAAUGAGGCCAUGAAGCUGCUUGAAGACAAUCAAAGGAAAGUUGAAGAAGAGAAUGAAAAGAACUACACAAGAAAGGAUAUUCCUGGGCCACUUCAAGCGGACAGGACAUGGUGAGCAUCCUCCAGCUAGUUCAGACACUUAUGCAUGGAGACGAAGAAGAAGAAUCCCUACAGUCUUAUCGGCUACAAAAUGUUGGGGAGCAGGGACACAUGGCUCUCUUAGGACACAGCUUGGCAGCUUAUAUUUCCAUCCUGGACAGGGACAGACUGAGAAAACUUACUACCAAAAUCCUUUCUGACACAACCCUGUGGCUCUGCAGGCUCUUCAGGUUUGAAAACGGGUCAGCCUACUACCACGAAGAUGAUCGCGAAGGGCUUUUGAAAGUCUGCAAGCUGGCGAUUCACUCCCGCUAUGAAGAUUAUGCCACUGAAGGUUUUAAUGCUUUAUAUAACAAGCAGCCAAUGGUGUACAUCAGUGCUGCGGCAAGAACUGGCUUGGGCCAAUUCCUCUGUAGUCAGCUUGGCUUGCCUCUUUCCUGUAUGUGCCGAGUGCCGUGUAACACGAUGUUUGGCUCCCAGCAUCAAAUGGAUGUCGCUUUGUUGGACAGACUGAUCAAAGAAGACCUUGAAUCUGGAAGGCUGCCUGUAUUACUGGUGGCCAAUGCUGGCACCCCUGGGGCAGGGCACACGGACAAACUCGGUCGAUUGAGGGAACUCUGUGAGCAGCACGGCAUGUGGCUCCACGUCGAAGGGGUGAAUCUCGCGACUCUGGCUUUGGGUUACGUCUCGUCUUCCAUACUGGCAGCCACCAAAUGUGACAGCAUGACACUUACACUCGGACCCUGGUUGGGUCUUCCAGCAGUGCCAGCAGUGACUCUCUAUAGACAGGAGGAUCCGUCUUUGGUAGGUGGCUGGUCCAUGAUGCAGUGGAGGACAAGUAUCAGGAUAAGCUCUCUACAGCUCGUGGUUGACAGUAAAUUGUAGCUGAUCAUCCCUCAG